AAAUGCUUUUGCAGGUGAGGGACGGCAUUUACUUGCAGAGGCCAAAUUGCGUUGGUUGCAACACUCUCCUCCCUAUUCCCGAGAAUCUCUCGGCUUCCUCGUCCUGAGUGAUUUCGAUCUCGAUUUCGAAAACCCUAGGAAUCCUACCUUCUCUCUCUGUUUUCUUUUUGUUGGAUCGGAGAUGGUCGCCGAUAGCAAGGCCAAAUCCGACCUCUCCUUGGCCGGAACUUUCGCCAGCAGCGCCUUCGCCGCCUGCUUCGCCGAGAUAUGUACGAUUCCGUUGGACACUGCUAAAGUUAGGCUUCAGCUCCAAAAGUCAGCCGUAGCUGGAGAUGUUUCAACUUUGCCCAAAUACCGUGGAUUGUUAGGAACGGUUGGUACCAUAGCAAGGGAGGAAGGGUUUGCUUCUCUAUGGAAAGGUAUCGUACCUGGACUGCAUCGUCAAUGCCUCUUCGGAGGUCUAAGGAUUGGGAUGUAUGAGCCGGUUAAGAACUUUUAUGUCGGAAGUGACUUCGUAGGUGAUGUUCCCCUCAGCAAGAAAAUACUUGCUGCUCUAACAACAGGUGCUUUGGGUAUCAUGGUAGCAAAUCCAACUGAUCUCGUAAAAGUUAGACUCCAGGCUGAGGGAAAACUACCUCCUGGUGUGCCGAGGCGGUACACUGGAUCGCUGAAUGCGUAUUCAACAAUUGUGAAACAGGAAGGAGUCAGAGCUCUUUGGACCGGUAUUGGUCCUAACGUAGCAAGAAAUGCCAUCAUCAAUGCUGCUGAACUAGCAAGCUAUGAUCAAGUGAAAGAGACAAUCCUGAAAAUUCCAGGAUUCACUGACAACGUUGUCACACACCUUCUCUCUGGACUCGGGGCAGGAUUCUUCGCUGUCUGCAUUGGUUCCCCUGUCGACGUGGUGAAGUCGAGGAUGAUGGGAGAUUCUGCUUACAAAAGCACUCUCGACUGUUUCGUCAAGACACUGAAGAACGACGGCCCUCUUGCCUUUUACAAGGGUUUCAUCCCUAAUUUUGGACGCCUCGGGUCGUGGAACGUGAUCAUGUUCUUAACUCUCGAACAGGCGAAGAAGUAUGUCCGGAAUCUGGAAUCAUCAUCCUAGACUCGAAAAACAAAUUUUCGUUAAGAGAAUAAACUACAUUCGCCCCGAUUGAGAGGAGAAAGUCGGGUGAAGGAUUGUUUCUGAAGGUUAUAGAACCUUUUGCCUUUUCCAGCAAAACUGUGAAAUAAAUUGGGUCCGAGUAGAGUAACAUUUAUGUACUACUCUAUCAAAACAUAUAUACUUCGAAAGCAAGAGAAGAGAAAAACCCUUCCUUUU